AAAAAUCAGCAGGAACAAGCCAAAAGCAGCUUAAUUAAAUUAAUCUUAUUUCCAUUAAUGUCCUUUAUUUUUCUCUUUUCUCUUUUCUUAAAGCAAUAAUAAUAAUAAUAAUAAUAAUAAUAAUAAUACUUAGCCGAUUUUCAUCAAAAAGCAGCUUCUCUAUUUCAAAGCUUCACAUUUACUAGUUUAGCGAGAGAGAGAGAAGAUAAUGGCGGUCUCAGUCCCCAUCUUGGCCAUCGUCGUCUCUCUUCACCUCAUAGCCUUUGUUCUCGCCGUUGGUGCAGAACGACGCCGUAGCUCGGCUAAGGUGGUGCCUGAUCAGUACGACGAUUUCACAUACUGCCUUUACGACUCGGACGCUUCGACGGUUUACGGAUUAGCGGCGUUUGGGUUGCUUCUCUUGAGCCAAACGGUGCUUAACGGCGUUACUCGGUGUCUCUGCUUCGGAAGAGGCUUAGUCACUGGCAGAACCACUACUUGGACCGUCUUCUUCUUCAUCGUCUCUUGGACGAGCUUUUUGGGGGCCGAGGCGUGCUUAUUGGCAGGUUCGGCGAAAAAUGCAUACCAUACCAAGUACAGAGCAGAUUUUGGAGUUGGUCAUGUUUCGUGUGCAACCUUAAGAAAGGGAGUUUUUGCUGCUGGGGCUGCUCUUACAUUGUUGUCACUUCUGGGGUCUGUUCUAUACUACUGGACACACUCUAAAGCUGAUACCGGUGGAUGGCAAAAGCAUCAGAAUGAAGGCCUUGGGAUGACUAAUUCUGACUAUGGACAACAUCAGCAACACCCGCAGCAGCAAGCCAAUGAAUUCCAGAAGGUCUAAUUAUUAUGAACCGAUGUUGGGUAGGUUAGUAUCAAUUUCACAGUUUUGGAAAUAUCUGUUAACUAAAAAUUACAUAGAUCAUAUAUCAAAUUGGUACUUUGUGGGCUAUAGAUGAAAAAUGUGCUGUUCAAGGAUGUCAUAUUGUGGAUGUUGGAAAUUAGAUUAUAUAUUAUUGUGCUAUGUUGCUUUGUCUA